CGCCAUUUCCACCCCCAGGCCCCAGGGCCCCGCCCGGCCCGGCCCUGCUCGGGGGCGGUGCCGUCACCGCCGGCGCGCUGGUUCCUGAUUCCCAGGGAGAGCCCGGCUUCGGCAAGUCCCUCCUCCGCCUCGGCAGUGCGGGCCGCCUCCCUCCCCUCCUCCGUCGGCCGUAGCCUCCUCCGGCGGCAGCGGCGGUGCCCGCCGGCCCCAUGGCGGCGGAGCCCCAGCCCAAGGCGCUGACUCGCAAGCCUCUCCUGCUCAACAAGGUGGAGGGCUCGCAGGAGGUGGUGAACAUGGCAGCGAUAGUGCCCAAGGAGGACGGGGUCAUCAGCGUCUCCGAGGACAGAACAGUUCGUGUUUGGCUGAAGAGAGACAGUGGGCAGUACUGGCCCAGUAUAUACCAUGCAAUGCCAUCUCCAUGUUCAUGCAUGUCUUUUAACCCGGAAACCAGAAGGCUGUCCAUAGGUCUAGACAAUGGUACAAUCUCAGAAUUUAUUUUAUCUGAAGAUUACAACAAGAUGACACUAGUGAAAAGUUACCAGGCUCAUCAAAGCAGGGUCAUCAUGAUUCUCUUUGUCCUGGAAAUGGAGUGGGUGUUAAGCACUGGACAAGAUAAACACUUCACGUGGCACUGUUCGGAAAGUGGCCAGCGGCUGGGAGGGUACCGCACCAGCGCAGGUGCCUGUGGCCUGCAAUUUGAUGUGGAAACCCGGCAUGUGUUUGUUGGUGAUCAUUCUGGGCAAGUGACCAUACUCAAACUAGAGCAAGAGUCCUGCAGCCUUGUUACAACGUUUAAGGGACACACAGGUGGUGUCACUGCUCUCUGUUGGGACCCAAUACAGCGAGUUUUAUUCUCAGGCAGUUCUGAUCAUUCCAUUAUAAUGUGGGAUAUUGGAGGAAGAAAAGGAACAGCCAUCGAGCUGCAAGGACAUAAUGAUAAAGUUCAGUCUCUCUCCUAUGCUCACCACACUCGGCAGCUCAUCUCUUGCGGAGCAGAUGGAGGAAUCGUCGUCUGGAACAUGGAUGUUGAGAGGCAGGAGACCCCCGAGUGGCUGGAUAGUGAUUCCUGUCAAAAAUGUGACCAGCCUUUCUUCUGGAACUUCAAGCAAAUGUGGGACAGUAAGAAAAUAGGCCUCAGGCAGCAUCACUGCCGGAAGUGUGGAAAAGCCGUGUGCGGCAAAUGCAGCUCCAAGCGCUCCUCCAUCCCGCUGAUGGGGUUUGAGUUUGAAGUGAGGGUCUGCGACAGCUGUCACGAGUCCAUAACAGAUGAAGAGCGGGCGCCUACAGCUACUUUCCAUGACAGUAAGCACAACAUUGUUCAUGUACACUUUGAUGCCACCAGGGGAUGGCUGUUGACCUCGGGGACAGACAAGGUUAUUAAGUUGUGGGAUAUGACACCAGUAGUGUCUUGAUGUUACAUCAGUGGAACUGGAAAGGUGACAUUUACAGAAGAAACCAAUUUUCUAACCCUAAUCAUACUGCAGAAGAUAGAUAAUGUUGGGUGCAUACAGCAGAUGAGAAAGGAACUAAUGCGUUUACAAUUUUAUGUCCUCUGCUUGAUCAAGGCUGAACAUUUGCACGAAGACUCUUUCCACUUCUCAAAAUAUUCAAGAAGGUAUUUUUUUAACUAACGGUUUGUACGAUCUGACUUCAACUGUCUUGAAUUCGUUUGGAAAAUCUGUGUGCAGUGCAAUUUUUAGUUUUUAUAUUUAACUAUGUCAAGACACUUACUGCUUUGUACAGAGGGUUCUUGGGUUGUGCCCUACCAUGUGAGUUUUUGGUAUCAACAGACUGUAUUAGGCAAUCGGCUCUCCCACAGCAAGUACCUAUUGAUUUGGGAUAUUUCUGCUGACCAUGUUCUCUUCAGUGGAGGAACCCCAAGUGCAGUGUUGCAUGUUCUCUGGGUGCAUCACCAAGGAGCUGAUGGACUACUGCAAUUCCUAAAAGGGCUCUACCAUCUACUUGUCCUAGUGGGCAUCAUCCAGAGAGCAUUUUAUUGGUCUGUGUAAUCUUCCUGCCUCUUCCUUUGCUGCACAAGUUGCAAAACCAGGGGGCAGGUUGCUCAGCAACUAAUUUCUACAGAAAACUGAAAUAGUUUUCCAGCUCAGAGCAUUACAAGGAACACACAGACUUGUUUGAGUUUGAUGAAGCUGACAGGCUGAUUCAAAUGAAAUUAUUGGCAACAGGAACUUUUGGGAGUGUGUGCAUGGAGGGUGGGCAGAUCUAAAACUGGUGUAGGUUGGAAAAGUCUGGUUAACCUCUACCUCUACCUCUACCUUGCACAGCAACAUUUCAGCAUUUAUAUCUAUCUGUCUGUGUUGUUGAAGAUGAAUUUUGUUUUUCCUGUUUUCCAUAUGGUUAGUCAUAUUUUUUUUAAAAUGCUGAUGUUUUUUAUUAAUUUCCUCUAUAGACCCAAAACUGAUAUUGCUGAAUGACGCCCAUUGUCCUGUUGUCAUAUUUUAUGGUUUCUUUUAAAAAUAAACAGUAUUUAAAAACCUG